AGUGAUCUGACGUGUUGUGUUAGUUCAACAUAUCAACACUUGCUGUAUUUUUGUCAGACGGGAUCAGAGGAAUUGCAUCAUGGUGUAUAAAGUAUUAUUUUUUACCUGGGCACUUUGUUUCGCAGACGGUGUAGAUGAAGUGCAUCCAAGUGGCGAAGAAUGCUCUGCUAUCCCUGAGCGCGGUCCCUGUAAAGGAAGCUGCCCUCGCUAUCACUUUGACCCUUCAGACUACAAAUGUAAGCAGUUCACAUACGGUUGUUGCGGAGGGAACAGCAACAGCUACUUGACCCAGCAGGCGUGUCUCAAUGCUUGUAAUGACGGAUGCCCGGACGGUACUAAUCCAGAUCAAAUUCGAUGUUUGGUGGACGCAUGCACUUAUGAAAAAUGUCCACGAUUUCCUGAAGCAGACUGUGUUUCAAGAUGCAAUGGAUGUGUUGCACAGUUCAUAAACAAACACCGUGACGUCACAAGUAUAUGUCAGAAGAAGAAGAACAAAGUCAUCAAGAAAAAGGAAUCCUGUUCUGCGGAACCAGAUCCAGGCCCGUGUGAGGGUUUGUGUCCCCGAUAUUACUACGAUCAAGAAGACAGCACAUGCAAGAAAUUCACCUACGGAUGCUGUGAAGGAAAUAGCAAUAACUACAAAACACUGGAGGAAUGCUUGGAUGGAUGCAAUGAUGGUUGUCCGAAUGGAACUAACUUUAAAGAAAUUGAAUGUAAAGAGAAGGCCUGCACGACUCAAACCUGUCCAAACUAUCCACAAGCAAAGUGCAUACCUAGAUGUAACUCCUGUGUUUCGCAGUUCAUCUAUAAGGGUCAUGACGUCACAAGUCAAUGCAAUACUAAAGGGUAGGCUAACGUACAAACCAACCAUAAAAAUUGCUGUCGGAAAAAAAUAUAUUAAGUGAAAAAGAAUAAA